AUGUCUAAAAUAGCCCAUGUAUCAUCUCAAAAGCAAUUUUCCGAGCUCCUCGCAUCCUCCCCCAUAGUUGUUGCAGACUUCUACGCUACCUGGUGUGGGCCAUGUAAAGUUAUCGCGCCGGUGUUCGAACAGCUGGCUACAAAGUUUGGGCGCCCGAACCAGGUAUCAUUUAUUAAGAUCGAUGUGGACGCGAAUGCGGAAGUGGCUGCCGCUUGUGGAAUCACUGCUAUGCCCACAUUCCUAAUCUUCAAAAAUGGCAACGUCGCCCAUUCAAUCCGCGGCGCAAACGCGCAACUCCUCACAGCCAAAAUCCAAGAGAUCGCCUCGAGUGGAUCGAACGACAGCGGAGCGGAUGGCGCAGAGGGCGAGUCCAGCAGUAUUGGCGCACACUGGCUUGGAGGAAACGUUCCAAGGGGAUACUCAGAACUGUCUAACGAGAUUGAAAUUAAGGGCAUAGAUCUUCUCAAUUGUGACAACGAGAUCGGAUCUGGGAGAUCAUUAUUUGCACCAGAACAGCCUUCAGGUCUUUCUGCUUCUGCUGAGAGUGGUGGGAAUGGGAAAGCUAAGGAUGCAGCUACACGAGACUGGGUAGAGAGCGACACGGACGAACAGCUAAUGUUAUAUGUCCCGUUUCAAUCGUCUGUAAAGAUUCAUUCGCUACAGAUCACCUCCCUCCCGCCUAGUGGGGGUGAUGGUGAUGAAGUACCAAUGCGGCCCAAGACGCUAAAAUUAUAUACCAAUCGCACUCAUAUCAUUGGAUUUGAAGAGGCGGAUGAAGAGACUCCAACGCAAGAGAUAGAGUUGGCGCCGCGGGAUUGGGAAGCGAAAACGGGAACUGCGACCGUUGAACUGCGAUUUGUCAAGUUCCAGCGCAUCACGUCGCUUGUUGUAUACUUUGUAGAUGGGGAUGGGGAUGGAGAGAGGAUCCGUGUGGACAGGGUGAGGGUGUUUGGUGAAGCUGGUGAGAAGAGGGAAAUGGGCAAGCUGGAGAAGAUUGGUGAUGAACUGGGAGAAUAG